AAGACUCAUAUUUCGGUGACACAGCUUCUGUACCGCUUCCUGUCGGGGAGUUUUCGCCAGCUUGUUGAACGUUUUUGGUCAUGUUUCGGAAUGUUAGCGGUAGACUGGUGACAGAGACAGUUCGUGUUCACCGCUGUGUGAAGUAUGCACCUUUCACACAGAGGGUAGCCGCCGCCUCUGUGUCGGUCAGGAGCUUCUCGGAUGUGAAGGACGACGAGCAGCAGCCAUUCGACGCCUCCCUGCUUGAGUUCCUGGUUUGUCCGCUGUCCAAGAAGCCACUGCGGUACGAGGCUAAGACCAAUGAGCUGAUCAACGAGGAGCUUGGUAUCGCCUAUCCCAUCGUCGGUGGCAUCCCCAACAUGAUCCCUCAGGAAGCCAGACUCAUACAGAAAGACACCGAUACCUCGACCACACCAACGCAAGGGUAGAAACUCCAUCACAACGCCUUCAGCUGACCCAAGCAAACAGACGUAACACUGUUGUGUUUUAAAGGCUGCUGGACUGAAAGAGACAGUGCUUAUGUAACACUGUGACUGGAUCCUGCUCUGCUCAGUUGCCACCUGGCUAAAAGUACAUGUAAUAUAUCGCCUCAGAUAUUUAUUUACCCCAGCGGUAACCGUAUCAGAACCCAUCUGCAAGUAUGUUCUCCCUGUCCAUGAUGGUGGGGCUGGUCCCGAUAGUGUCUCUCUUUGGUUUGUUCUACUCUGCUGCGGUGGAUGAGAACUUCCCUCAAGGCUGCACCAGCAGCAACAGUCUGUGUUUCUACAGCCUGCUGCUGCCGGUCACCAUCCCUGUCUACGUCUUCUUCCACCUCUGGAGCUGGAUGGGGAUCAAGCUCUUUAGACACAACUAGGCUGUUCUGACUCUGUUCUGUUAAAGGAAAAAUCCACCUGAGUAGACUUUAGUACAAUUAAAUGAUCUGUUGGUGAUGUACCUUGCAUUUCUGGACCCAUUUUGUUCCUUGGUUUAAUAGCAGAAAAUGUCGCUUUCUCAACAAACACUAGAAUGAAAUACUGCUGUAAUACAUGUUUUGAUCUCGAUACCAAGGAAAUAGACACACUGUAGGACUCAAGGCAGAACAAGACACGGCACGCUGACAGAAAGUGAGUGCAACAUAAAAUCUAUCACUAAGGGUAGUAACAGAUUUAUUUGUCACACUCACUGUCAAAUUAAGUCAGUUUUGAGAGUAACCAUAGGUGGAUUUUUGCUUUAAUGCACAUUACUGGUUGUUAAGUUUUCUAUGAUGGAGGGCUGCAAAAUGUAAUGUGUAAAAUAUAAAUAAAGAUAUUUUUCUUCUGAGUACUGGUAAUCAGCUGGCUUAAAAGACAGAAAGGUAAUGUGUUACAGUCACAACAAAACCAGCCACUGUCUGUGGUGUAGUUCUGUAAAAGUCAAAGUAAUACAGUAAAUCCUGAACAUUUGGUUGGUACAGUGUGAUGUCAGUCCUCUUGUGUUAAUUCUGAACCUUGAUGUAGUUUGAGCUGAAAUGGAAGGUUAAGUAUUUGUGUAUGUCAUGUGACAAAUUACAUAUGUACGUUGCUAUGGAGGUGAAAUUAAUAAAGAUAAUAGUACAUUGAAACUUCA